AUGCAAGUGCCAGCGAAUUUGUUUUUCCACUGGCUAGAGAGACCCGCCUCGUCGACGGGGCAAAGUUCGAGUCAGUUCGACACACCUCGUCCAUCGGUUCACUUGAUCGACUUGAAGAAAGGUGCUGAUCCCACCGACCGUGUGGUGACAUGUCUACUCGCCGAGGACAAUCCAAUAACCGCCAAAAUACUGGAGACACUUUUCAUCCUUCUUGGUUGCGAAUGGGUCAGAGGCCUGAGCGAUAUCAAAUUUGAAUGUACCCUCAUGGAUUCACACAUGUCAGUCGUUGAUGGUGAGGGUACUGCUCGAUACAUCAAGACAACCAGUGGUAGGAAUUCCAACACACCUAUGGUUGCUGUUAGCGCCUAUAGCGCUGCAGACACGAACGAUAGCAGCUUAUUCACCGCCUCGCUUACUAAAUCCGUGCAGAGGGCUGAUAUUCUGAUUUUCAAGUAG